GGGCCGCCGGGAAAGAUGACGAAGGGAACCUCGUCAUUCGGAAAGCGCCGCAAUAAGACGCACACGCUGUGCCGUCGCUGCGGGUCAAAGGCCUACCAUCUGCAAAAGUCCACCUGUGGCAAGUGUGCCUACCCAGCUAAGCGCAAGAGAAAGUAUAACUGGAGUGCCAAGGCCAAGAGGCGCAACACCACCGGAACAGGCCGUAUGAGGCAUCUUAAGGUUGUCUACCGCAGAUUCAAGAAUGGAUUCCGUGAAGGCACAACACCCAAACCCAAGAGAGCCGCAGUUGCAGCUUCCAGUUCCUCCUAAAUCAAAUUGCUAAAAUAAAUUUGGUUAAAAAAA